CGUCGUCCCCGGAACCGUUGGGGCGGGGGCCGGGGGGGGGCCCGGGAAGCGAAUGAUUAGCCCCCGGCGAAGACAAGGAAGCCCCGGACGCGGACCCUCCGCCCUCCCGAAGAGAGGUUUGACCAUGUGGACUUUCCUGGGGAUCGCCACCUUCACCUACUUCUAUAAGAAAUGCGGGGACUUGGUGGGCUACGGCAACAGAGAGGUGCUGUCGUGCGUGCCGGUGUUCCUCUCGCUGGGUCUGCUGCUCUCUUAUCGAUACCGUUAUCGCGACGGAGGCUUCCCCGGGCCCGAGCGGCGACGGUCCCGUCUCGGGCUCGCGUCCGACGUCCUCUCGGCCUUGCCUCUCGUUGGCUUCUUCUGGGCCGGACUGCCGUCCGGAUCGGCAGGCGGAGACGAAUUCCCAUCCAGAAGGGGCGAAAGGGGAAGAGAGGCUUCGGAGAGCGUCCCGCCCGGAGCCGCCGCCUCUACGCCGGCGAUGCCUCGGCACGAUCCAGAAGUUAUCAUCGUCGGGUCAGGCGUGCUCGGGUCAGCCCUAGCUGCCGUGCUCUCCAGGGACGGGAGGAAAGUGACCGUCAUCGAAAGGGACCUAAAGGAGCCCGACAGGAUAGUCGGAGAACUGCUGCAGCCCGGAGGUUAUCGGGCCCUUAAAGAUUUGGGCCUCGAAGAUACGGUGGAAGGCCUCGACGCUCACGUUGUAAAUGGCUACAUAAUCCACGAUGGAGGAAGCAAUUCAGAGGUUGAGAUCCCCUACCCGCUAUCCCCAGACAGCCAGGUGCAGAGCGGCCGAGCUUUUCAUCACGGCCGUUUCAUCAUGGGGCUCCGAAAGGCGGCCAUGGCGGAACCCAACACCAAGUUCAUCGAGGGGGUUGUGUUACAGCUGCUAGAAGAAGAUGACACUGUGAUAGGGGUUCAGUACCGGGAUAAAGAAACCGGAGACAUCCAGGAACUCCACGCGCCUCUCACAGUCGUCGCAGAUGGACUCUUCUCGAAAUUCAGGAAAAAUCUGGUCUCCAACCAAGUUUUUGUCGCUUCCCAUUUUGUAGGCUGCAUUAUGAAGGAUGCACCGCAGUUUAAAGCCAAUCACGCCGAACUCAUCUUAGCUAACCCCAGCCCAGUCCUCAUCUAUCAGAUUUCGUCCAGUGAAACCCGAGUACUUGUCGACAUUCGAGGGGAAAUGCCAAGAAACUUAAGAGACUACAUGGUGGAAAGGAUAUAUCCGCAAUUACCUGAUCAUAUAAAAGAACCAUUUCUCAUAUCGGUUCAGAACGAUCGCUUUGAGCCCAUGCCGGCAAGCUUCCUCCCUCCUUCACCGGUGAACAAGCGAGGAGUUCUUCUUUUGGGAGACGCGUACAAUAUGAGACAUCCUCUGACCGGAGGAGGGAUGAGUGUUGUUUUGAAUGAUAUAAAGAUCUGGAGAGGGCUACUGAAAGGAAUUCCAGAUCUCUACGAGGACGCUGCGAUUCUCCAGGCCAAAAAAACCUUUUACUGGACAAGAAAAUCUCAUUCAUUUGUAGUGAAUGUUCUCGCUCAGGCCCUUUACGAGCUGUUCGCUGCCACAGACGAUUCCCUGCAUCAGCUGCGGAAGGCGUGCUUCCUUUACUUCAAGCUCGGAGGACAGUGUGUGGCCGGUCCGGUCGGGUUACUCUCCGUACUGACUCCUAACCCGUUGGCUCUGGUCGGACACUUCUUUGCCGUUUCACUGUACGCCGUUUACUUCUGUUUUAAGUCAGAACCCUGGAUCACCAAACCAAGAGCCUUUUUCAGUAGCGGUGCUAUCCUUUACCGGGCUUGUGGUGUCUUAUUUCCUCUUAUUUACUCUGAAAUGAAGUACCUGAUUCAUUAAACUUGAAGUGGAACGGCUGAACGGACACGAGGAA